GCGGUGCGCUGGCUGUUGCAGUGCUGCUGUUAGUGAGCUAGGAGUGGGGAGUGCGUUCCUGGGAGCUGUUUGUGUGUUAGAGGAGAAGGAGACGGAGCUCCGGGAUACGAGGCUGCGCGUGUGUGACUCGCUGUAUUUGACAGAUCCGGAAUGGAGGGAGACGGAGGCGUGCCUGAAGAUCUCUCCUCUGAAGAGCGAGAGGAACUUCUGAAUAUACGACGAAGGAAAAAAGAACUCAUUGAUGACAUUGAGAGGCUGAAAUUUGAAAUAGCAGAGGUGAUGACUGAAAUCGAUAAUCUGACAUCUGUAGAAGAAAGUAAAACGACACAAAGAAAUAAGCAAAUUGCAAUGGGAAGGAAAAAAUUCAACAUGGAUCCCAAAAAGGGCAUUCAGUUCCUCAUAGAGAACGACCUACUGCAGAACACAGCAGAGGAUAUAGCUCAGUUCCUGUACAAAGGGGAAGGGCUCAAUAAAACAGUCAUUGGAGAUUACCUGGGAGAGAGGGAUGAUUUCAACAUCCAUGUCCUUCAGGCGUUUGUUGAACUCCAUGAGUUUGCUGAUCUGAACCUCGUCCAGGCAUUAAGGCAAUUUCUGUGGAGUUUCAGACUACCUGGUGAAGCCCAGAAAAUUGACCGAAUGAUGGAAGCCUUUGCAUCUCGUUACUGUCUAUGCAAUCCUGGAGUUUUUCAGUCCACAGACACAUGCUACGUCCUGUCUUUUGCAAUCAUCAUGCUUAACACCAGCUUGCACAAUCCCAAUGUCAGGGAUAAACCAUCUGUAGAGCGGUUUAUAUCUAUGAAUCGUGGUAUAAAUGAAGGUGGGGAUCUCCCAGAGGAAUUACUACGGAAUUUAUAUGACAGUAUUAAGAAUGAGCCUUUUAAAAUUCCUGAGGAUGAUGGAAACGACUUGACGCACACAUUUUUCAACCCAGACAGAGAAGGUUGGCUCUUAAAAUUAGGAGGAAGAGUAAAAACUUGGAAGCGCAGGUGGUUCAUCCUGACUGAUAACUGUCUCUAUUACUUUGAAUACACAACAGAUAAAGAACCGAGAGGUAUAAUUCCCCUGGAAAAUCUUAGUAUCCGAGAAGUAGAAGAUCCUCGAAAGCCAAACUGCUUUGAACUGUACAACCCAGGUCACAAAGGACAGGUUAUCAAAGCCUGCAAAACAGAAGCGGAUGGGAGGGUGGUAGAGGGAAAUCAUGUUGUGUACAGAAUAUCGGCACCUACUCCGGAAGAGAAGGAGGAAUGGAUAAAAUCAAUCAAAGCAAGCAUCAGCAGGGAUCCAUUUUAUGACAUGCUGGCAACACGGAAGAGGAGAAUCGCCAAUAAAAAAUAACUGUGUUCUCUUGACAACAUCGCUGCAAAAAUCUGAAGCAGUUGAAUACAUGGUACUGACUGUCAGUCCAGUGCGACUUUUGGGUUUCAAAGCUCCACAAGGCCUUCUAUGAAGAAGAGCUACUACCAGAGAGGGGCCUGCUAUAGCAUAUUAUUGGCAGUUUAUCCUGGUAUAGAAACCUUAUACUGUUCAUCACAGACCUACCCUCUGACAAGCUAAACUCCCCCUUUUUUUUAAUUUUGGAAAUGACACUUUUCCAAAAUAUGACUCUUGACACAAUGUAAAUAACGCCCUUUGGUUUAAUUAGUUUUAAGCCAAGAACACUACCCCAUGCCUUCAUGAAGAGAGGGAGAGAGCAGAUCCUGUGUAUUAUAUAAAGUCUAUAUAAACAAGUAUUUGCAAAUGUAUAUUUCCUAGAGUGGCAUAUAAAUGGUACUAAAUCCUAUAGUCCCCGGUGAGCUACAAUGUUACCUCUGCGUGUUGGCCAUAUAUCCACUAUUACCUUAAUGAGAGCACAGGUAACACUCCCCCAUUGCGCUACUACCUAGCAGUUACCAAUAGUUUUAACAGGGUUCUGAAUGUUUUUAAAGGAUAAGUAAACCUUUAAAAUAAGUGAAUGUAAAAUUGACGAGGUUGCUAUUCUAAGCACUUUUGUCAUUUACAUUCAUUGUUUAUUUUGUUUUUAUUCCAAGAUAUUAAGGGAUACAUGUGCUGUUAAUAUGAAUGAAUUUUGUUACAACAGCGCCACCUGCUGGUCAGUUUCCAACCAGUCUGAC